AUGGCGACCUUUAUUAUUCUCCCAACCAUCUUCUCCGAACUUUACAUAGUCGCCCGUUUCUUCUCCGGCCUCCUUCUCAUCAAACUCCGGCUCAUCCUCCGUUCCGCUUCAAGGUUGGACGCGCCGCCCAUGACCCAGCUUGGAAAAACGAUCGAAGCAAAGUACCCGGCGACAUCCUACUCGGAGGCGGAGAACCCGAAAUCGGCGGAAUGCGCGGUGUGCCUGUCGGAGUUUGCGAGAGGGGAAAGCGUGCGGAGGCUGGAUUGCAAGCAUUUGUUCCACCGGGAUUGCGUCGACAAAUGGCUGACUGCGGCGGCUGCAGCAGGUCGCGGCGUGACUUCGUGCCCACUUUGCCGAGACCGGCUGGCACUACUGCCGCCGAAGGAGGAGCCACCGGUGGAUGAUUGCGGGGACGAGUGGGGGCAUCGGCAGUUGUUGGCCUUGUUGGCUCAAUUCCGAGGAGAAGAAGAAGAAGGCGGCGGCGGGGAUAGUGAUAAGGAACAACCUUCCUAUUCUACUGCAGUCCACUUUCCCACGUUACUCACUACUUGCUUUCUGUUACAACAGCUACUUGUUUCCCUUGUAAAUCUCUUUUCAGUUCCUUACCUCACGUGUACAUGUACUAUAUAUAUUGUUGAGAUACUGAAUAAUACAACUCAAGCCUUAGUGCAUCUUUAUGGUAUCAGAGCUCAUUCUCUAACGAGCCUUUCUUUCUUUCUUUCUUUCUUCCCUUUGCUCAUUGCUACCAUGUCUAUCGAUUCUUCCCCUCAAUCUUCAACCACUCCUUCUGGCGUUUCUGGUUCUUCCCUUUCCCCUUCCCUCACUCUCGCCCUCCCUGCUAAUCCCCAGCUAUCUAUCAAACUCACCCCAACCAAUUAUUUAUUGUGGCAUGCUCAAAUAACCCCUCUCCUGCGCUGUUAUCAUCUCAUGGGCCAUGUUGAUGGUACGCUUCCUGCCCCACCACAGCUUCUCAAUGAUCAGCCCAAUCCGGCAUAUCUGCAUUGGUAUGAUCGUGAUCAACUAGUCCUCAUUUGGAUUACUCAUUCUCUAUCCGAGGCUGUCAUGUCCAACAUCAUCAACAAGACCACUGCAUUUGAUGCGUGGUCGGCCUUAGCACGAAUCUAUGCUUCAGGUUCCAAAAUCCAGAUUCGCCAUCUCACCAAAGAGCUGCAACACUUGCGUCGUGGCGAUAUGGGCAUUCAUGAAUAUCUCCAGACGGCGAAAUCGAAGGCUGAUCAAUUGGCGGCUCUUGGAGCGCCUGUGCGACCUGAUGAUCUGGUCGGCUGGAUUACAGAUGGUCUUGGCGAAGACUAUCGGCCCUUUGUUCGCCACUUGGAAUCAAAGAUGGAGCCGAUUUCCUUUGAAGAUCUCCACUCUCUUCUCCUCAGUGAAGAGUCCCAGCUGAAGCGCUAUCAUAGCGUCACUUUCCAACCCGCGCCGGUUGCCUUCUUCUCCCACCCUGGUGGCUUUGCUGGUUCGCGCGGUCGAGGCGGCAGAGGCAACGGACGCGGCGCCGGCAGAGGCCGUGGCUCAUCUAACCCCAAUUAUUCUUCUUCUCCUGUUUUGUUUGACAGGCCAGCGGUGGGUUUGCUUGGGGCCAGGCCCAAAGUCUCUCAUCAACACCUGGUGUGUCAUAACUGUGGUGGUCGGGGCCAUAUACGUCCUCACUGUCCGAGCCCAUCCAUCCCCUCCGGCCCAUCUCAGCCUCCUGCCCUCCCGGCCCACUCCGCCCCACUUUCGCAGCCUGGACUCUCCCAUAUCCCUCCUGUUCCACAUGCCUAUUUAGCCUCCAGCCCAGCUCAACCUUUUAAUCCUCGGCAAUGGCUUAUCGACUCCGGUACAAGCCACCACUUGACUUCUGAUUUAGACAACUUGGCUCAUCACUCCGAGUACAAUGGUACUGAUCGGGUCCUGUUUGGCAACGGUAACUCCCUUCCUAUUUCUCACUCUGGUUCUUCUCGUGCUACCUUAUCUGAUGCUUCCCUCUCUCUUGAUAAUAUUCUUCAUGUCAAAAAUGCUCCAUACAACUUGUUGUCCAUUAAUUCCCUCACUCGUUCUAACCCAGUCUCCAUUGAAUUUUUCGACUCUUCUUUUGUUAUCAAGGACCGUCGAACAAACGCUAAGUUGUAUCGCGGCUUUGCAGUGGAUGGACUGUAUUCUUUGCCCCUCCACGUGUCCCGCAGUCUCUCUCCUCAAGCUUGUCUCGCCUCUCUCGACACUUGGCACCAACGUCUUGGUCAUGCUAAUUUGCCUGCUGUCAAAAGUGCUCUCCGCCACCAUCAAAUAAAUUUUGUCUCUAGUCCCUCUUCGUUGUGUCAUGGAUGUGCGGUUAGCAAAAUUCACAAACUUCCAUUUCCCACUUCCACGUUCAAAGCAAAUGCUCCUUUAGAAUUGGUUUGUAGUGAUGUUUGGGGCCCUGCUCCUGUUCUUUCCUAUGAUGAUCAAUCCUACUACAUUUUAUUUUAUGAUCACUAUAGCAAAUUUUCUUGGAUCUACUUUGUGCGCUAUAAAUCACAAUUGCUUAGUGUGUUCAUUCAAUUUCGUCAAAUGGUUGAAAAAUUCUUCUCUUUACCCAUCAAAGUUUUUCAAUCCGAUUGGGGUGGGGAAUACCAGGCUUUGACGUCAUAUCUUCUUAAACAUGGUAUUUCUCAUCGUUCGUCUUGUCCUUAUACACCCGAACAAAAUGGUUGUGCUGAGCGCAAACAUCGUCAUUGA